AUGUUAUUGUACGCUUUAGUUGCCCUCCUCGCGCCAAUACAUUGUACUGUUUUGGAGUCCACUGAUGACAUAUAUACAAGUGUAACAAAAAGGGCAUUACAAAAAUCUCACGAGAAACCAAGAAUUCAAAAGUUAUCGGAGUUUUUUCUGGAAACGGAUUAUUAUCACGAAGACCCCGAUAAAUCGCUGAUUGGUCUACUUAACUCGAUCGCUAAUCAGUACCUGUCGGAAUGCACUACCGUUAUUUUAUACGACAAUUACACUGAAAAUACCGAGCUAGUGUUCCUAAAAAAGUUUUUCCGAACCUAUCCAUUGACUUAUGUUCAUGGCAGUAUCCCGUCAGACUAUCACAUCCAGAUAGGAGAAUUAGUCAAUAAAAACGACAAAAAGUGCGUUCACUUCAUAAUUUUCAUUAAAGAUGUGAUGAGAUGCCAAGAUGUGGUCAACAAACGAAAUGAGAGAGUCGUCGUAGUAGCCAAAUCUUCCCAAUGGAGAGUCCAGGAAUAUUUAUCCAGUGAAUUUUCGCAGGAAAUUGCCAAUCUGCUGGUUAUAGUGAAGUCCGAUAAAUACGGGCCACAAAAAGCAGAAACGCCUUUUAUAAUCUAUACGCACAGGCUAUUCGUCGAUGCGCUCGGCUCUAGUCAACCAAUAGUAAUUGCUUCUUGGUCACGUGGAAAAUUUUCAUCAAAUGCUUCCUUAUUUCAAACGAAACUCAACCAUGGAUUUUCCGGUCACAGAUUUAUUGUUGCUACGGCUCAUCAGCCGCCAUAUGUUAUAAAAAAGCAAAGAAGCGAUAAAGAUGAAUUUGAGUAUUCCGGCAUCGAGGUGAAAUUAGUUGAGUUGUUGGCAAAAAUGUACAACUUCAGCACCGACUAUAAAGAAACUGCUGACAUUAAAGUUUUAGGAUCUGGAGAAGCAGUAGUCAAAGCGAUCAAAGCCGGCAAUGUUAAUUUAGGAAUUGGCGGAUUGUAUAUCACGGAAAAUCGGUACAACGCCGGAAUAUUUCACUGGCACAGUGAAGAUUGUGCCUCUUUUAUUUCUUUAGCUUCAACUGCUUUACCAAGAUAUCGAGCCAUAAUGGGACCUUUCCACUGGACCGUCUGGUUGGGUUUGAUCGCAGUCUAUUUAGCGGCCAUCUUACUCUUCAGUUACUCCGAUAAGCUAACUCUGAAGCAUUUAAUACGCAAUCCCAUUGAAAUUGAAAAUAUGUUCUGGUACGUAUUUGGAACAUUUACAAAUUGCUUCACCUUCAGUGCAGGAACUUCGUGGACCAGAGCGGAAAGGGACAUCACAAAGUUACUUGUCGGCAUUUAUUGGCUGUUUACGAUUAUAAUAACCGCAUGCUACACAGGAUCAAUAAUAGCCUUUGUUACAUUACCAAUUUAUCCUGCGGUUAUCGAUUCAAUUGACCAACUGACAGGGAAAAGAUACCAGAUUGGAAUGCUGAACAAAGGGGGGUGGCCUAGUUGGUUUCAAAAUGUCUCCGACGAAACAAGCGAAAGACUUCUUAGGAAGGUCGAUUAUGUUCCAGACGUGGAAAGUGGCCUUAGGAAUGUUACAAAGGCCUUUUUCUGGCCGUACGCGCUCUUGGGGUCUCGAGAGGAGCUGCAGUUUAUUGUGAAAACCAAUUUCUCCCUAGGAAGCAAAAAAUCAAUGCUACACAUAAGUCAGCAAUGUUUUGUGCCGUUCAAAGUAGGAAUUGCACUUCCACAUCAUCUGGUUUACAGUGAAAUCCUAGCUGGCGGCAUUCAGAUGAUACUACAAUCGGGACUUAACAUUAAAAUGAAAAACGAUAUUGAAUGGGAAAUGCUGAGAUCAUCAACUGGAAAACUUUUGGCAGCAAAUUCUAGAUCAGGAACUCUAACAAUUUUAUCAAGAGAUGAUAGAGCCUUGACAUUAGACGACACCCAAGGCAUGUUUCUGCUUCUUGCAAUCGGAUUUCUCGCUGGAGGAGGCGUUCUUAUAUCGGAAAUAUUUGGCGGAUGUUUCAAUUUAUGCAAGAAGAUCGACAAUUCACGAGCCACAUCUUCCAACAGUUCAAUUCCAAGCAACCCAAGAUUUCAUGAAAGACAAACGAUCCGAGAAAGAAACCGGAGCAUUAGCUUGGCGAGUUUUCAACAACGACACAACUCGAUUCAAUCGGAGAUCGCAUUUGAAAAGGCUCAGGCGGAGGAACAUCAUCAGGGCGGAUUGGUUGAAUGUCAAAUUCAUGGUACAAUACCCGAUCAAAAUUCCCAAGGGGUAGUUUUAGAAGAAACUAACGCCGAUAUUGAUUAUAAUGAGCAAAUCAGUAAAUUGUUUGAACAAGCUUUGGGCGAGGAAACUUGCGGUAGUAGCCACUCAGGGCAUAACCAAAAGCUUACCUGA